AUGCUCUAUGUCAAGCACUUUUUUACCGUCGGCAAUACACGCUUUAUCAUCGACGGCGUCAAGAGCAGUACCACGGGCAACGUCAUCUUCAACAGCGCGGGCGCUAUCACGUGCGGUUCAUCUUCUACUUAA